AUGCGUUCCGCUCUCAUCGCCACUUUGGCCUCCUUGGCCGCCAUCAAGGGUGUUCAUGCCCACCCUCACGUACACAGCUCGGACUCGCUUGCGCGACGAGCCAUCGACCUGGACAAGUUCCGCAUGAUCGUUAAGACCGAGUACAAGAAUGCUACCGAGGUCGAUGCAGACCCAACUAUCCCCACGCUCAGGGCUCGUGCUACCGCUGAGGAGACUGCCACCGACCUUGUCGCCGCUCAGGCUCCCGAUGCUGAGUUCCGUCUGUCCACAGACCACUACACUGGCAAGAACGGUGUUUCUCACUUCUACUUCAAGCAAACCGCCAACGGUCUUGAUAUUGACAACGCUGACUUCAACGUGAACAUUGGCCGUGACGGAAAGGUAUUCUCCUUUGGCAACUCGUUCUUCAAGGGCAAGGUCCCAGCUCUGCCUACUACCAAGCUCGGCAAGCGUGACACCACCGCACCAGCAGACUCGCUUAAGACGGCUGUUAGCGUUCUCGGACUUCCCGUUGAUGCUAGUUCCGCCACUGCUGAGCCCAAGGCUGAGAAGGAGACAUUUGCCAUCAAGAACACUAGCGGAAGCUUGAACGAGCCUGAGGCCAAGCUUGUUUACCUCAUCGACUCUGCUGGCGAACUGAAGCUGACCUGGAGGGUUGAGACCGACAUUGCCAGCAACUGGCUUCUGACCUAUGUUGAUGCCACCACUGGAAAGGAUAUCCACGCUGUUGUUGACUACUCAGCGGACGACAGCUAUCAAGUCUACCCAUGGGGAAUUAAUGACCCUACAGAGGGGCAGCGUCAGUAUGUUGAGGAUCCCUUCGACUCCUACGCUAGCGAGUUCGGCUGGCACUCAGACGGUACCGAUUGGUUCAAGACCACCCGCGGCAACAACGGUAUUGCUCAGACCAACUGGGAAAAUGAUCUUACAUACAGUGCCCUCCUGAACAACUCUCGUCCUGUUGCUCGGGACCUCAAGUUCCACUACCCGUACUCGCUGAACGAGACCGACUACAAGCGGUACGCCAACGCUUCAGUCACUCAGCUGUUCUACACUUCCAACGUGUACCACGACCUGCUUUACCAGCUUGGAUUUGACGAGAGGGCCGGUAACUUCGAGAUCAACAACAAUGGCGAUGGUGGUGUUGGUAACGACUUCGUCUACUUGAACGCCCAGGACGGCUCAGGCACCAACAACGCCAACUUCGCCACCCCUCCUGAUGGCCAGCCCGGCCGUAUGAGGAUGUACAUCUGGACUAACACUCAGCCCGUACGUGACUGCUCGUUCGAGGCCGGUGUCGUCAUCCACGAGUAUACACAUGGCCUCUCCAAUCGUCUGACAGGUGGUCCUAAGAACUCAGGCUGCCUGAACCUGCUCGAGGCCGGUGGUAUGGGUGAAGGAUGGAGUGAUUUCUACGCCACCGCCAUCCGACUUAAGCCUGGUGACACUCGCAAGACGGACUACAGCAUGGGUGCCUGGGUCAACGGCAACACCGCCGGUAUCCGAAACUACCUCUACUCGACCAGCAUGGUCACCAACCCCCAGACCUACAAGAGCGUCGAGCUGUAUCAGCGCGUCCACCCCAUCGGCAAUAUCUGGGCUUCUAUGCUGUACGAAGUUCUCUGGAAUCUGAUUGACAAGCACGGCAAGAACGACAACGGCACGCCCGACUUUGACAACGACGGCGUGCCCACGGACGGCAAGUACCUCGCCAUGAAGCUUGUUCUCGACGGUCUCGCGCUUCAGCCCUGCAACCCCAACUUCGUCCAGGCCCGUGACGCUAUCAUUGACGCUGACUGGGCUCUUACCGGUGGCGCCAACGCUUGCGAGCUCUGGACUGCGUUCGCCAAGCGUGGUCUGGGUGAGGGUGCCAGGUACCAGGCUACUGGCCGUCUGGACAGCUUCAAGAUCCCCAACGAUGCUUGCUAG